CUUUUCUCCGAGCCGCGGGAACCCAGAGUUCAGGAGCUCCCUGAGCGCCUGCGCGGGGGGCCGCAGAGGCGCUGGCGAACGGCGGGGUGACUAGGGCGCAUGCGUAACAGGGCUUGACAGAGCGCGGAGGAAAAAUCCGCGAGAAGGUGGUGGAAGAAGAUGGCGGUGCUGGGGCAGAGUUUGCAAUCUUUUUAAAUAGGCUAGUCGAGUGACUAUUCGGGUCAUGGCGUCAAAUUCAACUAAGUCUUUCCUGGCAGAUGCCGGCUAUGGCGAACAGGAGCUGGAUGCUAACUCUGCCCUUAUGGAAUUAGACAAAGGUCUGAGAUCUGGCAAACUUGGUGAACAGUGUGAAGCAGUUGUUCGGUUUCCCAGACUCUUUCAGAAGUAUCCAUUUCCUAUUCUCAUCAAUUCUGCGUUCCUAAAGUUAGCAGAUGUUUUCAGAGUUGGAAACAAUUUCCUGAGGUUGUGUGUUCUUAAAGUUACUCAACAAAGUGAGAAGCAUUUGGAGAAGAUUCUGAAUGUGGAUGAAUUUGUGAAGAGAAUUUUCUCUGUGAUUCACAGUAAUGAUCCUGUAGCAAGAGCCAUCACACUCCGGAUGUUGGGAAGCCUGGCAUCAAUAAUUCCUGAGAGGAAGAAUGCUCAUCAUAGUAUUCGUCAGAGUCUGGACUCACAUGAUAACGUAGAAGUUGAAGCUGCUGUUUUUGCUGCUGCAAACUUCUCCGCACAGUCAAAGGAUUUUGCUGUAGGAAUCUGUAACAAAAUCAGUGAAAUGAUUCAAGGUUUAGCCACGCCAGUGGACUUGAAACUGAAGUUAAUCCCCAUCCUCCAGCACAUGCAUCAUGAUGCGAUCCUGGCGUCCAGCGCACGGCAGCUUUUACAGCAGCUGGUCACAUCCUACCCCUCCACCAAAAUGGUGAUUGUUUCUUUGCACACCUUUACUUUGCUUGCAGCUUCAUCUUUGGUUGAUACACCUAAGCAGAUUCAGCUUCUAUUGCAGUAUUUGAAGAAUGACCCUAGGAAAGCAGUAAAGAGACUUACUAUUCAAGAUCUGAAAUUACUUGCCAAUAAAACACCACACACUUGGAGUAGGGAAAACAUUCAGGCACUCUGUGAAUGUGCCCUCCAGACUCCUUAUGACAGCCUGAAACUCGGGAUGCUGUCUGUCCUUUCCACACUGUCAGGGACCAUUGCCAUCAAACAUUACUUCAGCAUAGCUUCAGGAAAUGUGGGUUCUUCUCCCAGAUCCUCUGACUUGGUCAGAUUAGCCCAAGAGUGCUGUUACCAUAAUAACAGGGGCAUUGCAGCUCAUGGAGUACGAGUCCUAACUAAUAUAACGGUCUCUUGUCAAGAAAAAGACCUUUUGGCACUGGAACAGGAUGCUGUCUUUGGCCUGGAAUCCCUUCUGGUACUUUGUAGUCAAGAUGAUAGUCCAGGUGCUCAAGCCACUUUAAAGAUUGCUCUAAAUUGUAUGGUGAAGUUGGCCAAGGGCAGGCCUCACCUUAGCCAGUCAGUGGUUGAGACCUUGUUGACCCAGCUGCACAGUGCUCAGGAUGCUGCGCGGAUCUUGAUGUGCCAUUGCCUGGCGGCCAUUGCCAUGCAGCUGCCGGUGCUGGGCGAUGGCAUGCUUGGGGACCUCAUGGAGCUCUACAAGGUGAUCGGACGAUCAGCCACAGACAAACAACAAGAACUUCUGGUGAGUUUGGCCACUGUGAUUUUUGUGGCCAGUCAGAAAGCACUAUCUGCUGAAGUAAAGGCAGUAAUUAAACAGCAGCUUGAAAGUGUCUCCAAUGGAUGGACUGUGUACCGAAUUGCCAGACAGGCAUCCAGAAUGGGUAACCAUGACAUGGCCAGAGAGCUUUAUCAGAGUUUGCUGACUCAGGUUGCUUCAGAACAUUUCUACUUCUGGCUAAAUAGUCUGAAGGAGUUCUCACAUGCAGAACAGUGCCUCACCGGGUUGCAGGAGGAGAACUAUAGUUCAGCACUUUCUUGCAUUGCUGAGUCUUUAAAAUUCUACCACAAAGGGAUUGCUUCCUUAACAGCUGCCAGUACACCACUGAAUCCUUUAAGUUUUCAGUGUGAAUUUGUAAAACUCAGGAUUGACCUUCUACAAGCCUUCUCUCAACUUAUCUGUACUUGUAAUAGCCUCAAGACAAGCCCCCCACCUGCAAUUGCCACAACAAUUGCCAUGACCUUAGGGAAUGACCUUCAGAGGUGUGGUCGCAUCUCCAAUCAGAUGAAACAGUCCAUGGAAGAAUUCCGAAGCCUUGCUUCCCGAUAUGGGGAUCUUUAUCAGGCAUCUUUUGAUGCUGAUUCCGCAACGUUGAGGAAUGUGGAACUACAGCAGCAGAGCUGUUUACUGAUAUCUCAUGCAAUAGAAGCCCUGAUUUUGGAUCCAGAAUCAGCAAGUUUCCAGGAAUCUGGAUCUACUGGAGCUGCCCACGCAGACAGUGAAUAUGAGCGGAGAAUGAUGUCUGUAUACAAUCGCGUCUUGGAGGAAGUGGACUCACUCAAUCGGAAAUAUACCCCUGUUUCUUACAUGCAUACAGCAUGCCUCUGCAAUGCCAUCAUUUCCUUGCUGAAAGUGCCUCUUUCGUUUCAGAGAUAUUUUUUCCAGAAACUGCAGUCUACCAGCAUCAAGCUUGCUCUGUCGCCAUCGCCCCGGAACCCUGCCGAGCCCAUCGCUGUUCAGAAUAACCAGCAGCUGGCGCUCAAAGUAGAGGGAGUGGUUCAACAUGGAUCUAAGCCAGGACUCUUUCGCAAAAUUCAGUCCGUCUGUCUGAAUGUUUCUUCCACGCUACAGAGUAAAUCCGGACAAGACUACAAGAUACCCAUUGACAAUAUGACCAAUGAGAUGGAGCAGAGGGUGGAACCUCAUAAUGAUUACUUCAGUACUCAAUUUCUGUUGAACUUUGCUAUCCUUGGAACACACAACAUUACAGUAGAAUCUUCAGUGAAAGAUGCCAAUGGUAUUGUAUGGAAGACAGGUCCUAGAACUACCAUAUUUGUAAAAUCCCUGGAAGACCCUUAUUCCCAGCAAAUUCGCCUACAACAACAGCAAGCCCAGCAACCAUUACAACAGCAGCAACAACGAAAUGCCUACUCACGGUUUUAGUCACAUGAGGAAUGCACUCCUGGCUUUAUAGGAAUUGAUCAAAUGGGCAAAAAUAAUUUGAUUUUUCAUAUGGAUUCAGAUAUGAAAGUUAGAAUGUGGAGUCCAUUUAUUCAUUGGUUUCUAUAAUGUAAUACUCUGGGGGGAAAAAAGGGUUUGUUUUUCUUUAGAAAUUUAAUUUGAGAAAUAACUAGGUUCCUAGCCAGCAAGAUUUUUUGUCCUUGUUCCUUCUUAAACCAAGUCCUUUAUCAUCUGCUUGACAUUUUCAUUGUUCUAUUAUUGUUUUUAUGUUGCUGAGCCUUUCCUUUCGCUUUCAAGAAAAGUCAUGUAUUGGGAUCACGGCAUUUAUAGAUUUGACUCCCUGUCCACCAGAAUACAUCACUCGCUACCUGGCACAGACCUCUCAUUCUGAGCCAGGCAUUGGGAAAUUCUGACCGGUUAGUACAAAGUUGACCUGUGGUAGCAGAAACCAAGUCCUUCCCUGGAUUGACUUCAGUGUGUCCCCUGAAAUCCAGUUUUCUGGAUUUUGAGAGCAUACAGUCUAGCUGAAUUGAAACAUCCUGCUAUAUUAUUUCAACUACUUCACCUAUCUUUUCUAUGCUAACACAGUCUUAAUUUAUUGUUUUAGUAUUUAAUUGACCUAAAAAAACAGCUAACAAUUACAUACAAAAAUUGGAGAUUAAUCAUUUGUGUUUUCUAGUAUGUGUAUGGUUUUGUUUAUAGUAUAGACUUUUUACAUUAUUUCUAAGAGUGAAAAAACUCACUCACAUGUACCAUCUUAAUUUUUUAAAUUAGGAAGGCAGAUCUUUUGAUUGGUUUGGUUUCUUCUUGGCAGGUUAUGUAAUACCAGACUUGAUUGUCUAGAAAGAACAGCCUCUUUAUAACACAACCUCAAUUAUUUGGGAUGCUCAGGGAAUAGAAGUUUUCUGGUUAGCCAGAAAACCCCUUUUUUUCUAUUUCAAUACUGGUUGAAAACUGUUAUAAUAAUAAACUUUCUUGUCUUAACACGGUAUACUAGUUGUAAUUUACCUGUUCAUUCUUCAUUUGGGAUCAUUCAGUGCUCGGGAUCAUGGUUUUCUAAACACCAGGGAUCCUAGGGUUGCAGAUGUUGUUGAUGAUUUGGACAGUUGGGCUGUAAGCAGCUCCUAAGAUGAAGCAGGGCACAUUCCCUGGAGGCUUCCUUUUUUAAAUAAAUCUCUCAUUUUCUUUG